AUGGCGGCCUCCUUACGUCUUGUUUGUAGGCGAUUUGUUAUUCGAAACAACUUUCGUUCUGUGGCAGCCCUUCAUAGUUCUGUUCGAAAUUUCGCUACGCCUGAUAAAGUAACACAUACUGGACAGGUAACUUCAGUUGUGUUAGUAUUUUAGGGUAGAAAGAGACAGAGAAUUGUAAUUUUCAAAAUCUUUGAUAUUUGAAACUUCUGAACUUGUAUAUACGUAGGUAUGGGAUGCAGGUGACUAUAGAAUGGCACGCUUCACUGACAGAACAAAGGAGGUAUUGUUUUCAACUUAAUGAUACUUAAUAUUUUGACUUAUUUAAUUCGACUGCAAGGUGUUAAUAAUAAUAUAGGCUUCAACUUUAUAAAACAUGGGAAAAUCGGCAUCAGUGUGCCUUUACAGUAACCGGUCAUUUCGCCCCCGAGUCAUUUCGCCCCAGUUACUUAAGGUGCUUUCCAUUAUGCUGGAACAACCGGUCAGAGACCACUCGAACUAACCAAGGGAAAAUGGAACACGUCAGAACCAAAACUCCGACGGAAUUAAUUGUUGGGUAAGAGAAAAAAGAGAAAAAUGUGAGGAAACAUCGUCUACAAUCGGAGAAGCCAGUAAUAUAUUUGUCUUUAAAAACUGAUGAAAACCAGAAGAAAAAACAAAUCAAGAUACUCUGUUGUACCUGCGCCUUGUGUGCAACUGUGCAUAAGGAGAAAGGUUAGGUCUUGCAUCUGAAGCUUACACACACUGCACUCGUAAACUCUUACAUCUGAACCAUCCACCAUUUUGACUACUGUGUGUAGUGACAAGCUGGAGCAGGACUGGAAAUGAAAAUUUCUGAAAAUGGAACAAUAAUUUCCGGUCAGACUGGACCGACUGGUCGAAGAGGAAUACCUCUGGAGGUGAACCACUUUGACUGGAAAAUUUCCACCUAGGCCGAACUUUUCCAUUUACGUUUGGACCAUAAUUUCCAGAAAUUUUGGCAUAAUGGUGAGCACCCUUAGUCCCCUUUUUUCGAGUCAGUUAGCAUGCUUCAAUGAAAUGUCCCUCUUUCUAAAAUAGGAGGCUAAGUAACCUGGGCAAAAUGACCAUAAAGCGCCUUUACCAGUAGUAGGGUUAGAAAUUUGAAAAGGAAGUGAAGAAGAUGCUUCCAACAGAGUUUUUAAAGUAAUUAAUAUCAUUCAUAAGAAGAGAAAAAGAGACAAACCCCUUUCCCACUUUUGUAGUGUUCCUCUCCCUUCCCUUUCCCACUCUCGGACAUCGGUUUGUAAACCCUGGCAGUAAGGUUGGCACCUGCUGUGCAUCAGAUCCUGAUGCAACCUCAUAUUGGCGAGAACACUGACUAUUGACAGGUUUGAUUGAUGUCACUCUUUUGGUUGGCACAUAGCAUGCAAUUUGAUUUAAAUAAUUGCUUGUAAACAGAUCUUCUGAUCUUUAACAUGGCGUCUUCUGACACUUGACUUAUGAGUUUUUUAGCUGCAAUGAAUGUUCUUGCAUUAGAGGGCAAAUCACACUGACAAGAAACAAUAACUGCAGAGAAUCAAUAUGCGUGUCAUGAACCCUCAGUAUGAAAUAAGUGCCAAAAAUCACAUUUUCUCAGUUAAACUAAACCCUCCAUAGCAUAAUCUACCCACCAGGCCCCAGUUGUUGUUCAAAAGCUGGAUAGUGCUACCCACGGGAUAAAUCACUAUCCAGCAGAUAAGUAGUAGGGAAACCAAUUGCCUUAUCCAUUGGAUAUUGCUUUAUCCAUGGAAUAGCACUAUCCACCUUUUGAACAACUGGGGCCAGAGAAAAAACUCAUUGGAAAAAGCAGCAUAUUGCACUAGGUAAAAGCUGUGUGUUGCCUACCGACCCCCUUUUUACACGUGAAAUUGAUUACAUUCCAGUGUAUCCAAGUGACAGAUAAUGAUCUUGCUGACAGAUGAUCGGCAGGUUCUCAUCCUUUCCGUCCCCUCUCCUCGCGAUUUUUUCACCCUUUCCCCGAACAGAGAGCCUUUUGACAGGCUAUUUUUAUCAUUGCAGGUAAACGAGAAGUUUGCGAUUGACCUCGUUGAUGAGGAACCACCCAUAGAAGUACAUGCACGCUAUGUGUGGUGUGAUGGAGGUGAUUAUUAUUUUUUCCCCUCCAUAAAACUUGGAUAUGAAUCAUUUUAUUCUGGAAAGCAAGCAUCCCUCCUCCUGUCACUGUAUAUAUCAUGCCACACUCAUCUACAUUGUACACAAAUAGUGUAUCUAGACAGUGCAAGUUCUGGAACAUGCCAUCUUAACCCUGAUCAGUAUUGUCAUUGCUUUACCCUAAUCAGUAUAGUCAUUGCUUAACUCUAAUCAGUAUAGUCAGUGUUUAUGUGAGUGGCUAGCAUUACCUUUGAUUUAGAACAAACAUAUCCAUGUAACAAGGCUUACUGCACAACUAUAUAACAGUACCUUGUAAAUAUCCCAGGUCAAAAAAAUUAACCUGAAAUCAAAGUUGACCUGUCACAUGUAUAUUUUUUGAAACCCUGAUAUGUCUUCUUUCUAAAUAUGCACAACUAUAGGUACUUUAACCUCAAAGGGAACUUUUGAGAUGUUAUUUAGUGUAUGUAUGUCAAAACUGAAGCAAUAUUACAGAAAAACUCAGGAGUCAGAGGGUUAAAUCAUGAAAGUAUAAAUUGUACAUGUUUCAUUGAAACAUCAUGAUUCCUACAUACAGUAUGCGCCCCAAACUCCUAGAUGGAAACAAAUUAAAUGUUCUGGCACUGCUUCACUUUCAAGCCGGUGUUUAAAGCCAAAACAUGUUUUUAAUGAAUGAACAAGUCAGGUUACUGAAUUCAAAGUAUAUCUUGUGGUCCAAUUUUUUCUUUGGUUUAAAGUUUUUAUUACAUCGUAGUUGUUGUUGGUUUCAAACUCGUUAUCAUACAUUAGUAUUCUCAGAAACAAAAGAGAAUAAAAUUUAAACAAAGAAUAUAUUUGAACCACAAUAUUUAUGUACAUGAUUUAUUGUUAUUUUUAGGAGGUGGUGCUCUUGGACAUCCAAAGGUGUACAUUAACUUGGUAAGACUGUUUAUACUUACAAAUAGUGUUGGAAAUUCUCUCAGAAUUCUUAAUCGAUAAUCAGAAAUAAUAGGAUUGACCCACCUAAGUGAUCGUUGAUUAUAACCAGAAAAAAUCUCUUUACAAGAAUUCCAUUUUAUUUUUGCCACUGUACCUUGUUUUAGAACGUGACUAAAACAUUAUGUAGAACAUGAAUCAGAAAACGGACAUCAGUUAAUUUGGCCCUGCUUGCCAUAAAGUGCCAGUGGCUCGGUGGUUAGAGUGUCCAUUCUCGAACUCAGAUGGUCCUCUUUUGCCUGGAGCUCAGACAUUUUUUGUCUUCUUUGGGAUGAUUCAAUUCUCUUUCUUUCCUCAUGACUAUUAUGUUUAAUUGCCAACAAGAAACUUUUUUCCCACAAUCAUUGAUUGAACAUUUUCCAAAAUUGAUUUAAUAUCGUGUUGCUUAGAAAUUUCAGUCGAUGAUUGGCACACCUCUGGUUGAGUUUCUGAAUAGCCAGAAGCUGGUCAAGGUUUUUAUAUCACAUCACUAAAUUACAGAUGGUCUGAUCUGCAUUGUUUUGUCCCAUUUCUAGAUUUGCUUCUAUGGUUAAAUAAAGCAAACUAGGUUUAGGUAUUUAGGGCUAGGAAAGAUUCAAGCAGUAGUGGUGAGGACUUUCUGGAAAUUUUUGCAAAUUCCAGGUGCCGACAAAAUUUUCAACUUCUUAGAAGCAAAUUUCAGAACUCCAGACAAGUUCAGUCAAAGGUACAAAGAGAGUGUGCCCUAAAAACUUAAACAUCCUAUUUUCGUUAAAUAAUGAAGUUUUGGGCACUUGUGGGAGGAAAACUUGCGAGGGGUUGUAGAAACUGGAGUCUCAAACUUCCUUUUGGCUCAGUAAAUAAGUUAUCCCUAUCACUGAUUCUUACAGAUGCAUCUUUAUUUUCUCUUACAGGAUCAAGAAGGACCACAUGCUUGUGGUUACUGUGGCCUGAGAUAUGUUAUGGCCCAUGACCAUCACUAAAAAUAUUAAUAUGCUGUGUUUUUGCUCUAAACAAUUAAAACAUUGCUGUUUAUCAUGUUUUCCAGAAAAAUGAAAAUGUAAAUACUGUUUUCACCGUAAUCAAGAACUUAAAUCUUAAAUAAAAGUUUCAUUAACAAAAUAAAAUGUUUAGGGGAAACCUAUUCGUAAAUCACUUUGUAAACAUAUUUUUCAUGAGGAAG